AUGCAAUUAGCGUUUCUGAUCUUUGAAGCCGCUUUAGACUCUUCUCAUCGAGGUCAUCUUCUCAACGCGCUCCGCGUCGAUGGAGUACCAGGAAAGUUCGUUCGCUUGCUUGAUGACAUGAAACAACGGACAACUGCUGCAGUUCGAACACCAGCCGGAUGUACAACACCGUUUGAGGUGGUAACUGGAGUAAGAACAGUAGAUCAGUGUCCUGCCGAUAUCAUUCUAGCACCAUCAGGACGCCCCUUGACCGAUCUCAAUUACGCUGACGAUGUUGUUCUAUUCGCGGAAAACAGUACGAAACUUCAACAUGUUGUCAACCUUGUUUCAAAGCUGGCAGCAGGUGUGAUUCUCUUCGAGAUCUCGAACGGAAUUAGAGGGGACGGACAACCGAUAGAACUCUUCUAUGAGUUCUGUUACCUGGGCUGUAUGCUGGAGAACAACGGCAACUACGAGGACGAUAUUCAGCAAAGGUGCGCUAAGGCCACAUCUGCAUUUAACUCCUUAACGAAAUGCCUGUGGUCCACCCCCAUCACCGACGAAGUCAAGCUGCGAGUCUACCUAUCCGCAAUUCGCCCCAUCAUGAUGUACGGAUCCGAGAUUUGGACAGCACCAUCAACAGUGAUGGAGAGGCUUGAAUGCACAGAACGAAAGCUGUUCAGACGGCUACUUGGCUACUUUUGGCCUAGGGUAUGCCACAAUGAAGAUCUCUACGCGAAAUUGAUGUGGAAACGGGCAGAUCGCCUUGUUCAACGAGUUCUGGGGAGUUGGUCGGGUUCAAGCUGGAAGAAGGCACCUGGCCGGAAACGGAAGUUCUGGACUGAGGUGGUGAAAGAGGACAUGAGGACACUCGGCGUGGAUAGACAGUACAGGCGAGAUGUAAAGUUUCGCAGAAUAUGGCAUAGUGACGAAUGGAUUGAUUGUGUGCAAGCUCUCGCAGAAGGUUGCGCGGAGCUGUGUUCAAGGACGGCACACCUCAACGAGGAUGCGAGUAAUCGCGUCAGGCGAUGA